AUGGCCACUCGCGGACGAGGUCGUACACGUUCACGAGCAGAGAGUAGAAAUGCGCAACUGGCCGAUAACCAUGCCGAAUUCAUGGCAGCAAUGGCGAAUCUUGUGAACACCAUGGAGGCUAAUGCUGCUGCGACUCUGCAAGCUGUGCAGAGGUUGGGCCAACCGGCUGGGAAUGGAAAUGGAGAUGGCAACGGAAAUGAUAAUUCCGAAGGAAAUGGUGAUAAUAUGGGAGGUGCUCCGAUGACCUUGGCUACUUUUCUCAAGGUUCAUCUACCAAGUUUCCGAGGUUCAACCAAUCCUACGGAAGCGGAUAAUUGGUUUCAGGCCAUGGAGCAUGCGUUGCAAGCACAGCAUGUCCCGAACAACCAGUAUGUGGAGUUUGCUGCGUAUCAACUUUUGGGAGAGGCUCAACAUUGGUGGCAAGGAGAAUGUCGCUUACUACAGCUUCAGAAUGCCGAUAUCCCUUGGGAUGUAUUCCAGACGGCUUUUUAUAAGAAGUAUUUUCCUGAAUUUGCAAGGGAAGCGAAGGAGAUAGAACUUAUGCAGCUGAAGCAAGGUUCCUUGUCUGUGGGGGACUAUACUAGCUAA